AGUCACCAUUCCAAUCCCCUUUGUAGUUUCUUCAACCCCCCCUAUACCUAUAAAUACCACUCCCUCUUCCCCUCCGAAUCCUCGUUCUCUGCCCUCUUCUGCUUACUUUUCAUCAUUCAUGGAUUCCUACUCCCCUUUCGAUUCCAUCAUCUUCGAUUUGGAUGAUACUUUGUACUCUUCAAACAUUGGAUUCGGUGAUGCCACCAAGCGUAACAUCGACGAUUUUCUCGUUGAGCGAUGCGGAUUUGAACAGAGGAAAGCUUCGGCUCUUCGUGUUCAACUCUUCAAAACUUACGGAAGCACUCUCGCCGGUUUAAGAGCGUUAGGCUAUGAUGUAGACGCAGAUGAUUAUCAUCGCAUCGUCCAUGGAAGAUUGCCGUAUCAUCUCAUAAAGCCAGACCCUCAAUUAAGAAACAUUUUGCUCGCCAUUAGUCAACGGAAAAUCAUCUUCACAAAUUCGGACAGAGCUCAUGCGAUGAAGGCAUUGAAUCUUCUUGGGAUCGAAGACUGUUUUGAACAGAUCAUCUGCUUUGAGACUAUGAACCCAAAUCUAUUCAAUUCUAAGUCGUCUUCCCCACAGGAGUUUCCUGUUAUUUUGAAGCCUUCAUUAGAAGCCAUCAAUAUUGCUAUGGACGUAGCUGAAGUUGAUCCAAACCGAACGCUGUUCCUUGACGACAAUGCUCGAAACAUCGCAGCAGGCAAAUCUGUUGGCCUUCGAACUGUAUUGGUCGGAAAAACAAUGAAGACAAAAGAAGCGGAUUAUGCAUUGGAAAGGAUACAUAACCUUAUGCAAGUUGUCCCGGAAAUAUGGUUCACAAAAAAGGACAACAAUAGUUUGAAACGCAAUCCAAGUGAUUUGAAUCUGACUCUUAACCCGACACAUGUCGUCGCUUAGAGUUUUAACAUCGUGUUGGGGGUGGAUGAAUGUACAAAGGACUAAGUCUAUCCACAAUACUUGUGCUGAUGUGAAGAUCUGCGUACAUAUUUGCCAAUUCUAUGGUUGUCUUAAGAGAAGGGAUAAAGACCGAUUCCUUAGCGACUUCUGAUGGCUUGUAUUAUUGGUCAAACUUAACAUGAAAUAUAAAUAAGUAUCUAAAAGUUAUUGUGUAAUUACUAAAAUAAAUAUGUAAGUUAUAUAAGUGUGUGGCAUUAUGUACGGGAUGUAAAAUGUAUGUUGUUGCAUUAUAAUCUAGUUGUUGGGUUCAAUCUGUC